AUGGUUCACGUGUCGCAGGUCUUACACCGAGGGGUUGUCGAUCUGUCCAUUAGUUCCAGCGCUGAUGAUGGCAUCGAUGCUAAACUCCGCGAAGACUUGCAUUUAGGGAACACUAUAUCUGUACUGAUCGGAGAUUUCCUAUUAGCCCAGAGCUCCAGAGGAUUGGCUCUCAUUCGCAAUCCAUCCAUAACUGGUUUCAUAGCCAAAGCCAUUGGACACUACUCUGAGGCAGAGUUCUUGAGAUCAGAUCUCUUGAAAAGUAAGAAUAGUAUGGAUUCGUUGGAGAAGUAUUGCUUUUUAAGUGGCGGUUCACUACUCGCCCACAGCUGUCAGUCGGCCAUACAUUUAGCACAAUAUGACCAACAGAUCCAAACUGAGGCCUUCGACAUCGGCAAACACAUUGGGAUUGCGUUUCAGCUGUCAGACCUGUUAUACCGUUCCCUAAACAGUGAUAAUAAAAGCAAUAGUUUUGAUGACAUUAAUGGCGUUACUUUUGACACGACUUCUAUGAAAAAU